GGCGCGGCCCGCCCUGCCGACUGGGCGCAAAGUUUCAGUUUCGCUUCCCUGGAGGUCCCUCCCUGUUCCCGACAGAGCCGCUUCCCCCUCCUCCCUGUGCUGUCCGCACCGAGGCGAGGGGCCUGCCGGAAGUGGGCCACCAUAUCUGGAAACUACAGUCUAUGCUUUGAAGCGCAAAAGGGAAUAAACAUUUAAAGACUCCCCCGGGGACCUGGAGGAUGGACUUUUCCAUGGUUGCCGGAGCAACAGCUUACAAUGAAAAAUCAGGUAGGAUUACCUCGCUCUCACUCUUGUUUCAGAAAGUCUUUGCUCAGAUCUUUCCUCAGUGGAGAAAGGGGAAUACAAAAGGAGAAUGUCUCCCCUACAAGUGCUCAGAGACUGGCGCUCUUGGAGAAAACUAUAGUUGGCAAAUUCCCAUUAACCACAGUGACUUCAACAUUUUAAAAAAUAAUGAGCGUCAGCUGUGUGAAGUCCUCCAGAAUAAGUUUGGCUGUAUCUCUACCCUGGUCUCUCCAGUUCGGGAAGGCAACAGCAAAUCUCUGCAAGUGUUCAGAAAAAUGCUGACUCCUAGGAUAGAGUUAUCAGUCUGGAAAGAUGACCUCACCACACAUGCUGUUGAUGCUGUGGUGAAUGCAGCCAAUGAAGAUCUUCUACAUGGAGGAGGCCUGGCCCUGGCCCUGGUGAAAGCUGGUGGAUUUGAAAUCCAAGAAGAGAGCAAACAGUUUGUUGCCAGAUAUGGUAAAGUAUCAGCUGGUGAGAUAGCUGUCACGGGAGCAGGGAGGCUUCCCUGCAAACAUAUCAUCCAUGCUGUUGGGCCUCGGUGGAUGGAAUGGGAUACACAGGGAUGUAUUGGAAAGCUGCAGAGGGCCAUUGUAAGUAUUCUGAAUUAUGUCAUCUAUGAAAAUACUCACAUUAAGACAGUAGCAAUUCCAGCCUUGAGCUCUGGGAUUUUUCAGUUCCCUCUGAAUUUGUGUACAACAACUAUUGUAGAGACUAUCCGGGUUAAUUUGCAAGGGAGGCCAAUGAUGAGUAAUUUGAAAGAAAUUCACCUGGUGAGCAAUGAGGACCCUACUGUUGCUGCCUUUAAAGCUGCUUCAGAAUUCAUCCUAGGGAAGAAUGAGCUGGGACAAGAAACCACCCCUUCUUUCAAUGCAAUGGUCGUGAACAACCUGACCCUCCAGAUUGUCCAGGGCCACAUUGAACGGCAGACAGCAGAUGUAAUUGUUAAUUCUGUAAACCCACAUGAUAUUACAGUUGGACCUGUGGCAAAAUCAAUUCUACAACAAGCAGGAGUUGAAAUGAAAUCGGAAUUUCUUGCCACAAAGGCUAAACAGUUUCAACGGUCCCGGUUGGUACUCGUCACAAAAGGAUUUAACUUGUCCUGUAGAUAUAUAUACCAUGUACUGUGGCAUUCAGAAUUUCCUAAACCUCAGGUAUUAAAACAUGCAAUGAAGGAGUGUUUGGAAAAAUGCAUUGAGCAAAAUAUAACUUCCAUUUCCUUUCCUGCCCUUGGGACUGGAAACAUGGAAAUAAAGAAGGAAACAGCAGCAGAGAUUUUGUUUGAUGAAGUUUUAACAUUUGCCAAAGACCAUGUAAAACACCAGUUAACUGUAAAGUUUGUGAUCUUUCCAACAGAUUUGGAGAUAUAUAAGGCUUUCAGUGCUGAAAUGGCAAAGAGGUCCAAGAUGCUGAGUUUGAACAAUUACAGUGUCCCCCAGUCAACCAGAGAGGAGAAAAGAGAAAAUGGGCUUGAAGCUAGAUCUCCUGCCAUCAAUCUGAUGGGAUUCAACAUGGAAGAGGUGUAUGAGGCCCACGCAUGGAUCCAAAGAAUCCUGAGUCUCCAGAACCACCACAUCAUUGAGAAUAAUCAUAUUCUGUACCUUGGGAGAAAGGAACAUGACAUUUUGUCUCAGCUUCAGAAAACUUCAAGUGUCUCCAUCACAGAAAUUAUCAGCCCAGGAAGGACAGAGUUAGAGAUUGAAGGAGCCCAGGCUGACCUCAUUGAGGUGGUUAUGAACAUUGAAGAUAUGCUUUGUAAAGUACAGGAGGAAGUGGCAAGGAAAAAGGAGCGAGGCCUUUGGCGCUUGUUAGGACGGCGGACUAAUCAGCAACAAAAAACCCAAGACGAAAUGAAAGAAAAUAUCAUAUUUCUGAAAUAUCCUGCGCCUCCAACUCAAGAGCUUCUAGAUCAAAAGAAACAGUUUGAAAAAUGUGGUUUGCAGGUUAUGAAGGUAGAGAAGAUAGACAAUGAGGUCCUUAUGGCUGCCUUUCAAAGAAAGAAGAAAAUGAUGGAAGAAAAACUGCACAGGCAACCUGUGAGCCAUAGGCUGUUUCAGCAAGUCCCAUACCAGUUCUGCAAUGUGGUAUGCAGAGUUGGCUUUCAAAGAAUGUACUCAGUACCUUGCGAGAUUGGGUCUCACUGUGUUGCCCAGGCUAGUCUCAAACUCCUGACCUCCACCAAUCCUCCUGCCUUGGCCUCCCAAAGUGCUGGGAUUACAGACAUGAGCCACUCAGCCUGGAAGUUUUAAACGACAUGUGUGACUCGUAGUACGUUUCUAUUGUUCAGUGCUGCUCUUGAGCCUAAAAGUGUUUGGUUAUGUCCCACAUAAAGAAAGAGAGGGAGGAAAUGAAAGGAAAAAAGGAAAGGAAGGAAGGAUAAUAUGGCAUCAAAGAAGGUAUAAUUUUUUUCCCUCUAAGUGAGGUCAGAAAGGGCAUUGAACAGGGAUUACUUUGAGAUCCAGAAUUUGGCCCUCAGCCUCCUGAGUGUUUUUAAUACCCCAAAGAAGAUAAUACAGAUCACAAGCAAUGUGUCAGAAUGGAGAGUACUUAUUUCUAGUGGUGGGAAUAGGGCAUAUCUUCCUUAGUAUCACAGUCCCCAGAGUGCCUGAUGGGUGGAAAGUUGCCUGGUGAGCAUGGACCUAGAUAACAUGCACGUGGAGAUUCUUCAUGAGGUAUUGUGCUAACCCAUGGAGAGUACACAAUAUCCUCCUGGUGACUAGAAUGCGUCUGUCCUUCCAAAUCCAGGAGUGCUUUUCCUAAACAAUGAAGUAUGCACGCUGACAUUUUAUAUACUCCACAUUCCCCUUGACAUAUUUUUCUUUUUCUUUCCUUUUUUUUUUUUUGAGACAGGGCCUUACUUUGUCACCCAGGUUGGAGUGCAGUGGCACCAUCACAGCUCACUGCAACCUCAACCUCCUGAGUUCAAUCAGUCCUCCCACCUCAGCCUCCUGAGUAGCUAUGAUUACAGGUGUGCACCACCACGCCCGGUUAAUUUUUGUAUUUUUUGUGGGGAUAGGGUUUUGCCAUGUUGCCCAUACUGGGCUUAAGCGAUCCACCCACUUUGGCCUCCCAAAGUGCUGGGAUUACAGGUGUGUACCACCGGGCCCAGAUGACAUAUUUUUCUUGUAAUGCUGUUCAUGAGGUUAGGAGGCACUCUGUCUUCUCUUAUUAGAUGCUAUUUUCAAACCAUCUUCUUGAGAGUUCUGGAAAUAUCCCUAUUUGUAGCAUGUAGAAGUCAGACAAUGUUCUUUUUUUUUUUUUUUUUUUUGAGACGGAGUCUAGCUGUGUCGUCCAGGCUGGAGUGCAGUGGUGCAACCUCGGCUCACUGCAAGCUCCACCUCCUGGGUUCAUGCUAUUCUCCUGCCUCAGCCUCCGGAGUAGCUGGGACUACAGGCGCCCCUGACUGCGCCUAGCUAAUUUUUUUUUAUUUUUUUUAGUAGAGACGGGGUUUCACCGUGUUAGCCAGGCUGGUGUCCAUCUCCUGACCUCGUGAUCCGCCCGCCUCGGCCUCCCAAAGUGCUGGGAUUACAGGCGUGAGCCACCGCGCCCGGCCAAAGUCAGACAAUGUUCUAAGUGAAACAGAACCUUCCUUUUGUUAUGCUCUGUCAGCUACUUAGUUGAUAAUACUGACUUGAAUCUAAGUUCUUUGAAUCUCAGAUCUUUGUCUUUUACGUGGAGUUACUACCCAAAUCACAGA